UCUUUUAGUGACAGGCGGUGCCGAAUGUGCGGCGGGGAAACGGCGGCCCCAUCGGCAGCGGCGCGGGCGGCGUGAUGGCGGCGGGGGGCCUGGCGGGGCUGCUGCCCGCCCAGACGCAGCUGGAGUACGCGCUGCUGGACGCCGACACUCCUCGGGAGAAGGAGGAUUUGGUCUACCAGUACUUGAUGAAGAUGGACAGCCGGGAGCAGGACUUCACGGUGCCCGAGCUCGGCGGAGAUCUACAGUGGUUGAACACUGAAGGUCCUAUUUCUCUUCACAAAGACCUUAAUGGAAAAGUUGUGGUGUUGGAUUUCUUUACUUACUGCUGCAUCAAUUGCUUGCACCUGCUGCCUGAUCUCCACGCGUUGGAGCACCAGUACUCUGAUAAAGAUGGUCUUACUAUUGUUGGUGUCCAUUCAGCGAAAUUCCCAAAUGAAAAAGUUCUGGAUAACAUUAAAAGUGCCAUUCUGAGGUACAAUAUUAUCCACCCUGUAGUCAAUGAUGCAGAUGCAACAUUGUGGCAUGAACUAGAAGUGUCCUGCUGGCCUACUCUGGUCAUUCUUGGGCCUCGUGGAAACAUGCUCUUUUCACUUGUUGGAGAGGGACACAGAGAGAAGUUGUUUUUAUUUACUUCUAUAACACUGAAAUUUUACAAGGAGAGAGGACAAAUCAAAGAUAACAAAAUUGGACUAAAGCUAUACAGAGACUCCCUCCCACCUUCUCCCCUGCUGUUUCCUGGCAAAGUGACUGUAGAUAAUUCAGGAGGAAGGCUGGUCAUAGCAGACACAGGACAUCAUAGGAUUUUGGUGACUCAAAAAAACGGACGAAUCCUACACACUAUUGGAGGUCCAAACAGUGGAAGGAGAGAUGGAGGAUUUUCAGAGGCAACUUUCAACUCGCCACAAGGGAUUGCUAUAAAAAAUAAUAUUAUUUAUGUAGCUGAUACAGAAAAUCACCUAAUUAGAAAGAUUGACCUGGAGUUAGAGGUGGUGACCACUGUAGCAGGCAUUGGGAUACAAGGUGUUGAUAAGGAAGGUGGAGCAAAAGGAGAAGAACAGCCUAUCAGCUCUCCGUGGGAUGUGGUCUUUGGAAAUUCAAUUUCAGGGACCCAGGAGGAUGAUGUUUUAUGGAUAGCAAUGGCAGGCACCCAUCAGAUAUGGGCACUGAUGUUGGAAAGUGGAAAACUACCAAAGGGAAGUGAAUUGAAGAAAGGAGUCUGCGUUCGAUUUGCUGGGAGCGGGAAUGAAGAGAACCGCAACAACGCUUACCCACACAAGGCGGGCUUUGCGCAGCCUUCGGGUCUCUCUCUGGCUCCUGAGGAGCCCUGGAGUUGCCUUUUCGUAGCGGAUAGCGAGAGCAGCACCGUGCGAACCAUCUCCCUGAAGGAUGGAGUAGUGAAGCACCUUGUAGGAGGAGAGAGAGAUCCAUUGAAUUUGUUUGCCUUUGGUGAUGUGGAUGGAGCAGGCAUAAAUGCAAAGCUGCAGCAUCCCUUAGGAGUAGCAUGGGACAAAAAAAGAAAAUUGCUCUAUGUGGCAGAUUCCUAUAACCAUAAGAUUAAGGUUGUAGAUCCCAAGAUGAAGAACUGUGCUACCCUGGCAGGCACAGGAGAAGCAAGCAAUGUUACUGGUUCCAGCUUUACACAGUCAACUUUUAAUGAACCAGGAGGUUUGUGUGUUGAAGAAAGUGGCCGCUUGAUGUAUGUUGCAGACACAAAUAAUCAUCAGAUUAAAGUGCUGGAUUUGGAAACAAAAAUUAUUUCCACGUUGCCUAUCCUGAAUCCAGAAACAUGUGAUGUUCCAGAUAACCUGGCUGUGCAAAGGGAUAAAAUGACAAACCUUCCAAAACUGCCUAAAUCUGCACCAAAUGUUCAACUUCCUUCACUAACUGUAGCUCCUGGCCAGACAAUUCAGUUCUUAUUAAAGUUGACCCUUCCUCCAGAUUCAAAACUGAAUGAAGAAGCACCCAGUUCCUGGUUUAUCACAGCAGAAGACAAUACCUGGUUGCUUCAAGGACAAUGUCCGUUUGGAGAAAUAAAGGAUGUUUCCUGUCAGUCAGUCAUUCCUUUUCAGUUACCCAGGAGCUGUCUGUCAGCUGAAGCUAUCCUGGCUGUCAAAGCUUGCCUCUACUAUUGCAGCAAAGACUCAAUUCAAAGGAGGUGCAUGUGGCAGAACUUAGACUGUGUGAGGAAAGUGCAGAGGAUGUACUGGGACACUCAGAAAUGGAGUCCCUCAUAAACAGUGACACAACUUGCCUCUCAAAUUUACUGCUGGAGGCAGGAUAUAAAGUAAGAGUGGGAACAGCCGGUAUCCAGCAGCGACUUAGGAACCAGAGACAGAAGUCUCCUUUUUACAGCCUUUUGAUAGACUAUUUCACAAAACAGCUGGAGAUCUGCAAGAAACAGUGGCUACACUCAAACUGCUUGCUGUUUUCAACAUCUUCAGAGAGAGCUGGAAAGGACCGUCUAUACCAUCCACUGACCAUGAGAUACUUCUGUUGGUUUAACACAUCACCUUCAAUUUCUACUGCUAAAAAGACAUUUGGAGCAUAAAAGAAACGUAUUUCAGAAGACUUGGCAUGUUGAUGAUCAUCUGCAGAACUAUUUAUGACAGAAAUCAAGCUAGGGUGGACCUGUGUCCAUCUCCCCAUUUAUAUCCCCAUUUAUGUUUCAAAGAGGUUCUCGGCUCAGAAGAGGCAGGUUUUACCUCUUUUUCUCUUCCAUUACAGAAAGCAAGUUGCAAAGAAGGUCAAUAUAAGGACUAAGAAAUCAGGAUCAAUCUGGGACACCUUCCUGAAAUAAUAGUUUGCUCCUGCAUUAGUCUGUAGACAUGGAGCAGUGCUUAAAUUCCAGGUUCCAGUUAAGCCUUCUAGAAAAAAAUUAUGGGAUUUCAUAAGCUUUGUAGCUUGUGCACUCCCUGAUUGCUUCAGUUUGACAAAUGACAGAGGUGGGUGGGACCUAUUCCUGGAUUUACAGAUUUGGAUUUGAGUCUGCUUUCACAUCAAUCACCAGCCAAAGUUCAUGCUGCUUGGUGGUCCAGUUCAGGCCUGUCUGUGAUCCAAGCAUUUGGAGAGAGCACAAUCUUCUGUGGAAAGAAGACACUGAUUGAAAGAGACUUCAUUGGUUUCUGCUGGAGUACCACAUACUACCAAG